UGGUGACGUAGAAAAGAAUUCUAAUUGUUGAUAAGAAAAGGAAGUUAGGAGAAUUCCGGUUGAGUAAAGAUUUUACAAUGUUGUAUCAAUCAGCAAAAAUCUUACAACAUCGUUCGUUCGUUACAAUGACCCAGAACAGUUUCAACUUUGUGUUUUUCCCUUGAUCAAGUUAAUCAUUAACGGUUGCUCGUACCUCUUGCUUAUGUUUCAUUAAGGUUUGUGACAUAAAGCCUAGUGCGUCGGGUAGGUCCAUUAGAAUUGUUCGCGUAGGCAAGUUUCAAUACGACUGUUUCCACUUUCCUAUUGUUUCAGUUGAAACUUAAUAUAGAUCAGCAUUCAGUAAGAUAAAGUUAAUAAUAGUCUUGAGUUACCGAACGUCUGUGCUGUGUCACAACCUACAAAAGAUUCGUUUUCGUUCCACAAAGAGAGAAAUAGAGAAGUGAAUUACAGCGUCACCUUUGUGUUUAGUUUCCGUGUUACGUAGUAUAAAGGACGCCAUGCUAUUUGACAUAACAUUCCUAAUUUCUAGAGCGUAACUUUUUCUUUAACAAAAGGAAGUCAAGGCCAGACAAUAGACCCUCACAGCGUCACAGGGUUCAAAAUCCAUGACCCGUGUAAAGUAAGUUUGACGGUUGCCUCGGGUAUGUGAUUGGCAAGAAGAUCCGUUAGAAAUGUAGUAGACUGUUGUGUGUCUUCUUUUUCCCCAUUUUUCUGGUGCAGCAACCAUUACCAGUGACGGUUUUACACAUAAACCCACAAAAUAACAAACGACUCGGCGCCUGAGGCGACCAAAUGUAUGCAGUAUAAUGCUAAAAUGAGCAAAUUUCUUAACGAUGGCUCGUCUUUUUGAAACAGGUUUCUUCAGGUUUAAUGUCGAUUAUUAGGCACUAAUAUGUUAACAGAGCCGUUACUGUUUUAUAUACGAAGUAGACGAUUUCAAAAUGUCUCGGAAAGUUGAAUGCUCGUUUGUUGAUUACAAAGCAUUGCAACUGCCUUGCUAUAAAAAUGACGAAGUCUGGAUGUGCCCAACUGUAUUUUUGCGACAGAUUCUGUUUCCGAAUCAAGUGCUCAAAAAAUUGGAAGAUGCUGUUACGAAGAUCUUGAAAAGUUCAAAAAAUAUGACAAAAAAUGAAGUUAAAUCAUUACGAGAAUGGCUUGAGUAUGAUUGCCAACAAAAUACUUUAUCGAAGAUACGGAUAGCAAGCCUCGAUGUAUCUUCUUUAAGUUUUUCAACAACAGAAAUGAAGGAAAAAUACAAAACUAUAGUGGACGAAAUCUCAAGGCAUUCUGCGUUAAAUAACGUUGAAGCGAAGCGGGAGACGACAUUUCAAACCAAUAGUAACGUCUCAGGGAAGUCCGACGUUCAAAUCAGUUGCGUUGAGACAAAGGUCGUAACAGAACACAAUAACAAACAUGAUUCAACAGGAGAAGACAAUCUAAAGACGGGAUUAAAUAUAGAACGCGAAGCAGCUACGCCGCAAAAAGACUUCAUUUCAGUGAUCGAUGAAACAAACUUAAUGGAAGAAGGUCAAAGGUUUUGUUUGCAAGCAAAAGAUACAAAAGUAUCGCGUAUAGAAAGUAAUCCGAAACCUUGUAAACCAGCCCCAAACAAAACACUUGGCGAAGAAUUUGUGAAUGGAUAUCAGUUAAACCAAGCAGACGAGCCGACCCCACAGAAAACGUUUCCUCCUAAUACAUGUUCAAAUAUCAGCAACACAUCAUCUUGUUUUUCUCAUGUGCUGCAGGAAUUUGAAAGUGAACGAAAAACCUUAAAUGUUAAAUGCAAUCCAAUCAAAGCGUCUCGGAAUAAAUCUCCAAGCUCACCUGUUGUUAUAUCAAGAAAAAUGAAGACUACGUACAAUAAACAUUCCUCCGAAAACAAUAAAAUUGUGGCAUCCCCAGUUUUUCCGAAUAGAACUUUAACAAGUAGAAGUUCCAAAACGAAAUAUUCAAGUUGGUCCAACAGACACCACUGGUCCAGAAGUAAUAACUGGAAGUUACGUUCAGUUUUAAAUGAAAGCUGUACAUCCCAACGAGUUGAAGAAAAACUUGACAAAGUUAAAUCAGUUCACAAAUAUGCAAAACCUCAUGCUUCCAAAUUCGAAAGCAAUACAUCUAAAGAAGCCACUUCAUUAAACAUUACCGCUGUUACUCAUGACGAAUAUGCAAAAACUGUAAGAUAUGUGUGUCGAGUUCGAGCAUCAAACAUUGUUAAGUCGUUUUCUAAUAAUGAAAAAAUACAAGCCGAGUCCAGCGCAUCGGGUGACGAAAACAAUUUAAAAUCCAAAGAAAGUGAUCUUCGCGAAUUUAUUUCAAGUAUAAAACCCAAGAACCAGGACCGCACCAACACGACUGUGAAUCAUUUUACUGACAUGGUAGUAUUGGACGAAGACUGGAACGAAUCUGCAGAUGAUUCCAAUUCCCUUCCUACUUCUGAUAACGAUAUUGAUAAACAAGUAGGACAUACACGUAUAAAUUCUAAACGAAGUAAACUAUGGCCAUUUUCAUUUGACUACCAAGUGCUAAAUGACAACCCAUUUUCAAACUUCUCUUUUGACAACUUGUUAAACAAAAGUUCAGCUUUUGAGAAAGAUAAAAUCCCAAGUCCAAACGUCCCCUCAAAUUCUUCACAAGAGUCCAUAAACAUUCCAUUAGUAAAUAUCCCUGAAAACUCGACCUCUUCUGCUCCUGGUAUCACUGAUACACACACACCAAAAUCAAGUUCGAUUAAAGCCUGGAAGAAAAUUAUGCUAGAAAAGGCCAAAGAAAAUGAAAUUAAAGGAGAUACUUUUCAGCCCGGAAAUGCUAUUUUACAAAACGCGACAACGACUACAAACAAAGAUUGUGGUUUGAAGAUUGCACCGGCGGUAGUUAGCAGAAGCAAUGCACAUGAUGAACAAGAUUGUAACGAAAAAUUUGCUGUACCUGCCUUGAAGCAACCCGCAAUUCUGGUUGUGAAACUAAAUCCCGAUGGCAUGAAAACGACACACACCAAAAAAGCGCAAAUCAAAAUGCCAACUGUUAAAACACCGGCAGCAUAUCAGAAGUGCAAGUCAAAUAUUAGGAAACGCAACCAACAUACUACCAAGCUAAAAAUUUCGACGGGAACUUCUAUACGCAAAAACACAGCAAGGUUGAAACAAAGAUGUAUUCGAAGAAAACAACCAGUAGCUUCUAAAAAUAGACUGAAUAGUUUAAGGCGUGCGGUAAGAAAGAACAAACCACAAUACGACUUGGAUGUCAUACCCACUGCAGAGCAAGAGGAUGAGAUACAGAAUAAGCAGACCGUAGAAACAAAAUGCGCAGAAAUUCACGAAAAAAAUAAAAUGGUAUCAAAAACGAUACAGAAGUGCACAAAGAAAACGACCCCGUUAUCAAAGAAGCGGAAACCCCUUCCUUCAAUUUCAACUGAUGAAGAUGAAUCAGAACCUAAAACAUUCGGUGAAAUAUCUUUAUCCACUUGUGGUGAGUCAGAUGAUGAUACCAAUAUAAUUUCUUGUGAAACUUUAUUUAAGUCUUCCGUUGAAGCGGUAUCCGUAGAAAGAGUGUCAAGAGUAAACCUUUUCGAUAAAAGCAUCAAGGAAACGUCUUUGGGCGAAGAGUGUUGUUAUAAAGAGAAUCAGACCUCUGCUGAUGGUAUAGGAAAUUUCGACAUGAAUGGCGGCACUUGCAAUGAGUUAUUGAAGUCUACGUGUUUAAAUGAUGAAGUUACCGUAACGCUUCAUGCUUCACCUAUGUUGAAUAGCCACCAAAAUAUAGCUAGGAUGGAAGCAGAAAACGAAAUAUCUACCACAAAUAUAUGCGCUUCUGAUACAAAAAUAAAUACCGCCGAAAUCGUGACAACAACCGGAUUUGACCAGAAGUUUUCGGAGUGUGAAACAGAAGCAACAUUGAAAAGUUUUGGUGCAACAAACACCACUGAUAUCACAAAGAAAGGAGAAACAGCUUACAGUUUCACUUUGUUCGGAGAUUCUAUUAAGCUUGCGGCAGUACCCAAAGCAACAAAAACUCCUGGUGUUAAUGAUUUUAAUAACAUCGAUCCACAGCCUCAUUUUACAUCUGCUAAAGAUCAAUCAGAGAAUGCUAAACAGAGCUGGGCAGCGCACAACCACAACAAAUCCCAUUCCGAAAAUCUAUCGCCUAACCUUUCUGAUUUAAGUGGAACAAAUGCUUCAAAAGUGUGUAACACGAAAAACUACGGUCAUUUCCAUCUGAUCAACGAAAGCUUUCAAACCACUGCAGCUAAGUUUGGUUCAGAUACUUCCAGCAAUAAAUCGCUUCAGGAAAAAAGAAACGCAGAGAAAACUGUUGCUUCAGCUUGUUGCAUAGAACACGAAAGUCUACAAACCAAGGAUGAAGGAAUCGAGUCAGACUUGGACAGCAUUCAAGAAAAGGAAAAUAUAACUGAUGAAAGUAAUGAAGCAACGAUAACAUCGAACAUUGAUAGUAGCCUUAACAAGAAAGGUUAUGUGGCACAUGGUGUAUACGAAACCAAAACAAUGACCCUGGAAGACAAACUUUCUACAACGAAUCAGUGCAGCAAAGAUUCAGGGUGUUUUUCACCAUUUCAAAAGAUAACUUACGACAGCGAUUCGACCAUCAGCACACACGAGGAAUAUCACGAGGAAUUUUAUUUUGAAAACCGCAAUGAAAUGAAAAAUGGUUCGCCGCCACCAUUACCAUUAUCUUUCAGUCAGGCACAACCUACAAAUAACGACAACAGGACUAUUGUGGCAGAUGCUCCAAGAUCUGCCCAACAUGAAAUAACCCACCAUGGCAUCUUAGAAAUUGGAAUGCAAGCUCCAUCAUAUCAGCUCCUAUGCGAGGAGGUGAUUGCUAAUACGAGGCCAAUAUCUUUUAUAAGACGAAGAAUCCCCUACAUACAGAUAAAGCUUCGACGAACUGAUAACGGCAAUAAUCAUCCUGACAUGGUACCUCCUAAUUCAAACGUAGGCCAAGGUGGCGAAACGACCCCUGGAUUUGACGUUACGCUUGUUCGAAUUCGAGACGUCGCUUUUACUUUAAAGACAUCACCCACUGAUAUUAUGGUGGACAUUGUAAGUCGCGGCAUAAAAAGUUACCCACCUAACACUUUCGCUCGAAAUGUCUAUCAGCGGAUAUUCGAUAAACAAGCAAAAGAAAUGCCGGUUAUACAAGCAAUGUUAUGCUACACUGCUCUUUUAGCAGGAAUUGUGGAUCCGGCGGACAAUAUGAUAUUGUUGGACGAUUACUUGAGAGUGAUUCUGCCGCAUUUUUACCUGGCGAGUUUUGGAAUUGAAAAAGAACUUCUUCCUCACUUUGUAAGUGUAAAGACGUACAAGCCCAUUGAUUAUUUGGAUCCGCAUGUAAUUGAGAUGUUCUGUAAAACGUUUUCAUACAACGGCACGCUUGUAUCCAUGGAUGUGGAUGUGAAAAGCGCUGCUUACAGAUACUUUGAUGGCACGAAGGAACGUUCAGCCAUGAGAAGAAAACGCAAAUCAUCAGACCAUCGUUUGAUAAAACAGCCAAGACUAAGUAUGCCGCAUCAAAUCACCAAACAACCAGAGCUAAUAUUCAACCAAGUACCACUUGUUCAUAAUCAAAACCAAGUGUCCUUGGCGAUACAAAAUUCCAACGUUUCCAACGUAAUGUUCCAGCCCCGCACAGAUACAUCGAUGUUUAGUCAAACCUCCACGUUCGCUUCUCAAGCAUUAAACAACCAUAACCCAGCUGCGGAAAAAUUAAAGUGGAUCUUGAAUGCAAACGACACCAGUCAACUACCAUUGUCUUAUAUUUCGCGACAACGGUCCAGUAGCACCAACCCACCUUUUGCUCUUCCGUCUCAACAUUCACAUCUUGCACCACACACAGUAUACUCGUCCCUACAACCUCGGCAAGUCGCACCGAUGCCAAGGAGUGAGCAGCUCAGCACGAACAUUCGGUCCCAAAUUUCUGUUUUGCCGGAUGUGAUAAUGAGUCAGUCGCAUCGUAUUGAGACCGCGCAGUUGGUUGUUCCAGCCCAGACUCGCCCUGUUCAGUCGAUUCUAAAUCCACACUUGUGCAAAGAUUACCAGAAAUGUGUACCGCAUUUAAGCAACACGUUAUUAUCUAAUGAGGCGCCGAUAAAUCUUUCAAUGGGGGCAAAAUUUGUCAACGCCACUUUAAAUAAUUCGAUAGAACAAGAGUCUGCAAACUCAACCUACCAGGAAAGAUCUCUCAAGCUAAAGAAGCAACAUUUUCGUCCCUUGGAAAGUAUUCACUCUAGUUCUAUGAAAGAACUUGGCAGUUUAAUUCCACAACCAUUACCUUUAACAAACCAUAACGAAAACUGGAACAACAACAUCGGCAAUUCGGUGGCAUCUAAAGAGCUGACCAAGACUUCCGUCGUUCCAAAGCAUGGGACAGAUAAUUCAGACAGGGGGGCAAAUUAUGCACUUGGCCAUGAACUUAACCCAAUUCGUGUUGCCGACCCGUCCAUGCCUCCCUGUUUGUUACCAGGCGUCAAGAUUCAUAAUGGUCCUGUUGUCUUUAUUCAACAUCCGGAUGGCACAAAGUCAGUAAUUAAACUACACGAACCUGAACUAAAGAUAAACGCGGUUUACUCUCUGUCGGAAAACUGUGAAAACUCAAAAACCUCGGAGUUCGAAGACAAAACCACAGUACCACCGAGACAAUCAGAUAUUCCGAAUCCAUUCAACGAAGGAUCAACUAGUAAUCAUUCAAUGAUUUUAAGCACCAAGCAAACUGUUAAAAUUGAGCCAUCUGAGGAAGAAGCUCUCAAUUUGAGUAGCAGGAAAAUGGGCAACAACAAAUGUUUGUAGCUCAACACUCCGGUACAUGCGAGUUCAGCACUUAGGCGAGUUGUGAACAAGCUUCCAACUUUUCUUGGAAUCAACAAGUACAAAACAAAACAAAAAAUAUUUAUAUUGUAGAUAGGUUUUAUUGUAUGUGGUUUGAAGUUCGUUGAAAAACAUGUGAUUGAUAUCGUUUUGUUGACUACAAAAUGCCAAAUUAUUUUUUUUAAGUGUGGUAACAAUAUUACAACUUAUAGCGUGUGUGUUUGAGAAUUUGUACACUUGUGAUUUCGUGGUGUCAUAAUUUUAUAUUUUGUGAAAAAAUGAAAAUCCAUCUUCAAACCAAUUUAAUUUCUUCACUGAUAUUGUGUACUCCUAGAGUUCCGCAUCUCUUUUGCAAUAAAUACAAAGUGAAAAAUCA